AUGAAUAGUGACGAACUUCAAUUAAAUGACGACAUACAACUAGAAGUGCCAAAUUCUUUCCCUUUUGAGGAUGAGCAACAACAACAGGAUGCAUCAGAAUCAGAAAUUUUCCCCACUGAACCACCAGAGGAAACCAUUAUCAAUCGAUUACAAGACAUACCACAUCAAGAACUAAAGCAAAUAUUAACAAGUCAACUAGAUUUGGAGAUCCAACUAAAACAUCGAGAACUAAAUAUAUCUGACAAUGAAAUUGGCAAGAUCGAAUCACAAAUGCUCAUGUUAAGGAAAUUCUUUGACAUCCCCAAUGAAAAGAAACUCAAUAAUGAACCCAUUGAUUUUACUUCAAAAUAUUUUGAUAUACUCAGUAAAUCGUUAACAUCUACUUUUGAUAAUUUCAAACAAAUACCCGAGUCAACUCCGCAAUUCAAACCCAGUUACUUGGACGACAACAAUAGCGGAGUAUCAUUAGUUUCUCAACCGGUUCAUUCAUAUCGAACAAGAUCUACAACAUCAUCUUUACGCCCAUCAGCGACAUCAGUUGCAUCAGGGAUCAGGAAUCCAAGUUUAGGGUGUUUGUAUCGACGAACUGAUGGUGUUGUUGUAAGACUAACGUGUCCCAAUUGUCAAAGAAGUAACUUUUCAUCAGCCCAGGGCUUCCUAAAUCAUAGUCGAAUAGCUCAUUCAAAAGAGUAUACCUCUCAGGAUGCAGCAGCAUUGAAAUGUGGUGAUAUAUUACCUGAGAUUAAACAAGAUCCUACUGGCGAAGCAAGUAUAAAAGUAUUAGUUGAGAGAGGACUUGAUCCAAGUAGAAAUUUGAAUAUCAAUGAAUUUUUGUUUGGAGGAAUGAAUACAACCGCUACAGUAACAGAAGAACUAAAUAAUGCCACUGAAAGAUCAUCAACAAUUAGUUACAAUAACACCCCAAAGUUGGAAUAUGAAAACGGUGGUGGUGAUGAGGAGCAACCCACACCUCCAUCAAUAGAGCCUCUGAACGAGUUGAUGAAAAAAUUAAUCAAAGAGGGAACAAUGAAUAAAGAGGAAUAUGAAAAGCUCCUAAAAGAGACAAAAGAGCCAACAAAUAAUUCUCAUUUGUUUGAUGAUGAAGCUGAAGAAGUGGAUGAUUCUGAAGAAUCUAGUUUAAGCACCAAUCCAAGCUAUUCAAGCUUGGUUGGUUUAAAUGAUAGGAAAAGAAGGCAAUCUCGUGGAGGUAUUAACAUUUCCAUAACGAAAAAUAUCGAAAUACUAGAACCUGAAGAAAAGAAGUUGAGAACAUGA